GCCCGUUUCAUUCCGGGUCAUUGUCUUGGUCGGACCACAGUGGAGGCGGAUAUCCACGAUAACGGAAUGAAUGGAUGCUAAAGCCCCCUGUGCUGUCAUGUUUUUAGUUGAUACACGCGCGUGAAACAGCUCGCGGCUUCAGCGAUGGAGUGUGACAUUUUGGACUCGUUAGAGCAGCUUGGCUAUGACGGCCCUCUGCUUGAGGAGAAGGCGCUGCUCAGAGCCGCGGAAGGAGGCCUGCAGUCGCUUGAAUAUGUGGAUCUCUGCAAGUGGCUGUCAGCCAGGUUAAAGCCCCUGUGUGACCUGGAGGAGAGCAUCACCUCAGGCCCAGACGAUAUGGACAGCCUCCAGCUGGAGAUGAGUGGUCUGCUGAGGGAGCUGCACUGCCCCUGUGAAGUUUCAGGGAUUCUCAAGGGCACUGGGCAGAAAACAAAAGACCAUCUCAAGUUUGUCUUGUUUUUAAGCUCUGAGCUUCAGGCCGCCCAGAUUGUGAGAAGCAGGCAAGUCUCUGAUAAACAAGGCCAGAGUCCAGUGAACCAGGAGCUCACAGCAAUCUGUGAAACUCUGAAACUACCUGUGCCAAAGGGACAGGAGGCCGCAGGAGUUUUCUCUCAACUUCAAAAUAAGGUUGAAAACUUGCUUAAAACCCUUCCUGGUGCCUCUGUUGGAAACCCAGUGCUGAAGAAAUCACUCGGUAGUGAACAGUGGGAAAAAUUACAAAGCAUCAACGCAACUCUAUCGUCUGAGUACGAAUGUCGCCGCAGGAUGCUGAUCAAACGGCUCGACGUCACUGUUCAGUCAUUUGGGUGGUCAGACAGAGCCAAGGUGAAGGUGGACAGCAUGGCAGGAGCCUACCAGCCUAAGAGACACUCUCUGAGGCCUCAGUCCUUUGUGGACAUAGCGGCGCUGCUGGCUGCCAGAGAAGAUCUCUGCAAUGUGGUGAAGACCAGCAGCGGCUCGAGCAGGGAGAAGACCGCUUGUGCCGUCAACAAGAUCUUGAUGGGAAGAGUACCAGAUCGAGGAGGACGUCCCUCAGAGAUCGAAGCCCCGCCUCCUGAGAUGCCCCCCUGGCAGAAAAGACAAGAUGGCGGAGGUGGUGGCUGGGGAGGACGUGGCGGUGGUGGUGGGGGACGAGGUGGAGGAGCCUGGGGACAAGGAGGACGAGGUGGUGGAGGUGGAUGGGGAGGAGGAGGAGGAAGAGGAGGGGGUGGAGGUGGUUGGAGAGGAGGUGGGUGGAAUCAAGGAGGACACGGCAGACACGGAGAUUACGGAGGACACAGUGGGCACGGAGGGAAGCGAGGACGGUACUAGUAUUAGCUUCCACUCAUUGUCCUUUGCUGGGUUUUGUUGUUGUUUUUGUUUUCUUGCGACACUAGACGUAGUUUUUCACAUGACCUCAACUGUUUGUUUGGUUUUUAUGGAUGAAAAGCUGAUGGAUGGUUGUCAGUAUUGGGUGGAAAACCUUAAGCUUUUAUCUGUGCUCAUCGUUCCCCCCCCCCUCACUAUUGUCAUCAGUGUUUUUAUAGUGAAAGUAGCACUCAGUACAUGAGUUUUCACUCAUACAAAAGUGGCAAACACAAACACUGUGGCCAUAAUAUUGUAGUUACACUCCAAAUGAAGACUGCAUUCUAAACACUGGCAAAGUGACUUUAAAUGAUAAAUCCAGCUGAGAUCCUUUUAUAUACUACAAAAACAAAAACACAUUCUGCAGCGUUCAGGUGUUAAGUAUUUAGUGUUGCAGUAGUUGGACACAGCCUGUAUCUUUAACAUUGCUCAGCACAUAUACCAUAUCCAUGCUUCAGAACAAAAUGUAAUGUCGUGCCUCUUGUGCAUAUUACUGUAAAUUUGCACAUCUGGAAUAUUAAGAGGCAGAUGGAUUGAAGGAUUUUUAAAAUGAUGACUGCGUUUUAAAUGUGACCUUUAUAAAUUAAUAGCUCCCUAUGCUGCAUGGACUCUGAUGACUGAAACCACUGCUAUCUGAAUAACCUGAUUACAAUGAGGACAACUACACUGUAGUUCCAUUGAUUGAUACUUCAGUAUGCCCCUUUAAGCACAGGAGACUGUUUUUAUUUUUCCCCUUCCAGGAUCCUGUAAUAGUUAUUUAUAUAAUGGUGAGAAGCCUUUUCUUGUUGUUUUUAAUUAAUAAACCUCUUUCAAUUCUA